AUGGAUCAGUACAAGGAGUACCUGGCAGCCCGGGUACUGCAGGAGUCCCGCCCCAUCACCUUCAAGCUGCUGAGCCGUGAGCUGAAGGUCCACGUUCACCAAGCAAAACAGAUGCUCUACCACUUCCAUGCAACCGAGAAUCAGAAAAAGUCCGGCUCCGUCCAUGCGACCUACAUCAUCAUCGGCACGAAGCACCUUGAGCCCGCGCCGCGAGCCAAUGGCCACACCGACGAGGAUGUUCCCAUGCGCAGCAGUCCGUUUCCCAGCUCGUUACCCGAUGCCCCCGCCGAGGACGAGGAAAGCCGCCCAAAGGUUACAUCGAUAAAGUUAGUGGGGGAGGAAGACCUGGACGAGGCCAGGGCACAAUUUGAGGAGAUUACGUCCCUUCAUGUCUACAGCCUGGAACCAGGUCCUCUGAAGAACCUCCAGAUUCUAUCAGAUUGCACUCGCGAGGCAGCUAAGAAGACUACCGAUGAAGACCCACUUCAGGCCUGGGAAACGUACGGCUGCAUACGCAACCCCCAUGCAAGGAGAAGGACGCCAGGCGUCAAGCCGCAGGCUCCAGCACCUGUGGCCACAAACGCCACCGCGAAAACCGCUCCUCGUCCGAGUACCACUGCCGCUACUAAACAGAAGGAUGUACAAGCCAAGACCAGCGACUCGCAAAAAGCUUCCCGUUCGUCCACCCCGCAAGUCGAUGCCGCGGCAUUACCAAACAAGAAGACCAACAAGACAGGCUUGAAGAAGGAAGCCUCGAGUAUAUUCGCGUCUUUCGCAAAGACACAGCCAAAAAAGAAAGCAACUGAAUCUGGACCUUCAACUCCACCUACAAAGUCAGCGGAGCAGAGCCAAGCAGAAGAUGAGCCAAUGAAAGACGUUUCGGACGAAGAGGGAGAGGAUGACGAUUUGGUCAUCACCGGCGCGAACAAGAAAUCCAAGGAGGAGACCACUGAGGCGAUGAAGAAGGCUCGGGCUGAACGAGAAGCAAGAGACAGGAAGCUGCGGGACAUGAUGGAUGAAGAUGACGAUGAGACGAUGCAGGACGCGCCCACGGCUGCACUCGAGGAGCCUGAGGAAUCCGAGGAGCAGAGCGUAGAUGCACCUGCACAGUCCGAACCAGAACCAGAGAAGAAAGAGGAAAUCACCGUCUCUAAUGGCCGCAGAAGGGGACGCAGACGUGUCGCGAAGAAGAGGACGUACAAAGAUGAUGAUGGAUACUUUGUCACGAAAGAGGAACAAGUCUGGGAGUCUUUCUCGGAAGAUGAGCCCCAGCCCAAAAAACCCAAGCCUACGCCUGCGGCCGCAGCGAAGCCUAAGAAGGGCGGUGGAAAACAAGGACAGGGAAGCAUCAUGUCUUUCUUCGCGAAGAAACCGUCGUAA